GAUGUCUUUGUUUAUAUACUCCAAGACUCGGUAGAAUCAAUCAUUGAUGUUAGCAAGAAGGAUACCACCAAAAUUGAUUUGGAUAAGAUCAUGAAAAAGGUACUUGGUGAGGAUUUAAUGUUCUCGAAAAAACAAGAUAAAGGAAUGAUGUGGCUUAAUGCUAUUAUUCUUACUUUACUCUUCUUGUUCUCUUUUGGCUUUGUCGGGUAUCAAAUGAACAAGAACGAAAGAACUCAGCAAGAGAAGAAGAAGUGA